AUGGCUGCUGCCACUCCGUCUACCCAGUUCCUUCAUCUAGCGAACGUCUUGAGGCUCCUAUGUCUUCGAAGCGAUGCCGAUGAUAUAAUACUGGAGCUUCUGGGCAGGUUCGCGCUGGAUAGGAUAUACGCCGACAGCGACCGCGAGAAAUUCCAACAACUCGUCAGCACUUUACUCUCACAACUAAAUGCCGUCAUUUAUAUCCAACGUCUAUCGCUGCCAUCGGAGAGGGAGCAGAUAGACGAGUAUGUGGGGUUCCUGGCCAACUGGGAAACAAUUUCGCGAUCUAUUGAAUUCGUGUUACAGCUUGUUAUCGAUGGACACGAGACCCUAUUCAAUGUCCACCAGCAGUUGGAUGUACAGCUGGCCGACCUCGUCUCAACGGCGCUGCGUGUCUUGUCGUUUCAUCCCAAAGGUCUACCCGAUAUUCAAGACCAGAAACACCGAUUUGCCCGUAUCCAUGGGCUCUUAGAUAAGUUGCAUGAUCGCUUCCCAGGACCCCGGCCAUGUCUCCUACUUAUCUGUCGAGAUAUAGCGAACGCAUUGCCGAAGUACCCUCUGCCUGAAUGCUUAUCGGAUCGAUAUGUCACCACCAUUGUCGAGCAGGACGGCCCUUCCGUCAAUUGGCUAACACAAUUUUUGGCCCUGAGAGAUAUCACCCAGUUCGUAGUUGGCGCCUCCAUUCAAUAUGCGGUAACCGACGAGACGGAAGACGUAUAUCUCCCAGCAUCAUGUGCCAAAACGCGAAAUGCGAUUCUAGCCUCGCUCGAUAAAAUACGCAUACCCAGCAACUAUCCAAAAUUGGAGUUACUUUCCAUGUUCAGCGAGGCCUUUCGAACCAUUUUACCUGACACUCCGCCGAUCACCGGGUUCCGAAAUCACUCAGGGUUGCUAGGUGACGUUAACGGCGUAGAGGCUAUCAAGUCCUUCUGCCUGUCUCUUACCAACAGACAGAUUAUCCAUCGGUCGAGUGAUGGACCGUUGAUGCGUGCGAUCGCAGAGGUCAACAGGCGUAUCACGCUCCUUGACGACCCGAACGAAACUUCUGAUGGCACCUUUCCCCGAGCUUAUGCACUGAAUUGCAAAUCCUGUCAUCUUGCGGGAGAUACACAGCUAAGGGUUCUAGAGCAUCUUGAAUUUCCGAGCCCGACAGAAGGGUCUGAGAUAGGAUUGCCGCCGAAUACCAAGUGUGUACAAUGCGGGCAAAUAGUCACACUUGCCCGAGAGAUACCCCUUAUAAGGGAGACGUGGGAGCUCUUAAACGAUAUCGACUAUAAUGCCGAUCCUCCCAGCGAAGAACGACACUUCUGCCCACCAUACCAACUAUUCCCCUCUAAGAUGCCUUCUGAUCAAUCUUCAUCUCUUCAAGCACCGCAAAGCCCUAACAUCAUUCCUAGCCCAGUCACUCAAGGAAGGUCCCCCAUCACCAUCAAUAACGUAUCUCCCAUUUCCCCUGAAUCAAGGCAUAUCUUUGAUGACCCUUUUGGUCAAGACCACACACUAGGGUCCAUAACCGAAAUUGUCAGCCCUGAUGUGGACAUUUCCAGGCCUCACUUUACUCACACGUCUGAUCAAUCAUCCCAAAAUGGCUCCGAAACGUAUCGCAAGCCUCCCAGAUCGGAAAAAAUGUCCAAUAUUCAUCGCACAACUAGUAACCAUAGUGUUUCCCCGCCACGGCCUGGAACGUCGGGCCGGCCCUUCAUUCCCGGAAAAAAGUUAUCAAGAUGGCUUGGUUCUAAGAGGGAACACCGCGCAACAGCAUCGGGAGAUGCUAGCUCUCAUUCAUCCGGGUCAAUGGAGAAUCAACGGCCAGAGGAGAUAUGUCUGAAGAGCUUGACGAGUGCGGCGAGGUCCCAAGGAAAAGGGAAGGGUUCGAAGUUGAUGAAUGUCAGUCUUUCGCAGAAUAGUACCAACGCCCUCUUUUGGAUGCCUUCCACUAUUCAGGUAUGGGAUGUUGGUGUGUCACCUGCUGCCGUAACUAGAGUUAUUCCCACCGAAGGCUCUUGUCUCGUUGCCGCCGUUACGAAAAGGUAUUUGGCAUACAUGGUUGGAAGUAAAGACCAAAAACUGACGCUUCGAAUCGUGAACCUUUCACUUCCAACAGCCGCACCCCUUGAAUACCAGAUGCCUUCGUCUCAGUGGUGCAAAAGCAUCGCUAUCUGCCCACGGGAAACAUAUGUUGCCGUCGGGUUCGAAAACGCCACUGUCCGCUUCUUCAAAGCAGGCAUGUUCGAACCCCAACGAGAAUUUCGCCUUCAUAACCGCUACCACACCACCACUGAGUGCGAGAAUUGUCCUCCAGUUGACACUCUAUCUUUUUCCACCGAUGGGGAGACACUCAUAGCAAGCACAAGGAAUUUGAAAGGGGUAAUCCAGACGUUUAUCCGCAGGGCUUCGACAUUUACAUUCCAGGAGCUUGUCAAUUGCCAUUACCCCAUACCAUUACACGAAUCAGAGGAUGGUGGUAUCUCGUCUGUUAUUUAUAGGCCCGGCGUUGGCGGAGAAGAUGACCUAGUGUGUAUCACCACAUGGACACAAUCUGGUAUCCCAAUUUUACUCUCGCCCAAGACUGGCCAUCGAGUUGAAAUUAAAGCCGACAGCUCAAGUCACCAACGCCGCCUCGGCACAAGAGUGCAAUGCGGCGCGUUUUCUUUAUCGGGAAAGCAACUUGGCCUGGUUAAUGACAAGGGUCACCUGUACCUUGUAUCUAACCUCAACUCAAGUGUUAUGGAGGCUCGGAAGUUAGCCACCACUAGAGAGCUUACCGCCCGGUCUAGCUUUUUCUCGAUGUCGUUCAUGAUCCUGCAGGGAGAUGAGUCGAUCGUGCUUGCAUGGGCCGACCAUGGCGAGACUAUGAUGGCGGAAGUACAAGCGCAUGCCUCAGAUCUAACAGAGUUACCCGGGGACCUAGGAGCCGGUGGGUACAAUUCGUUCUCAGAUCGCUCAGGCGAUAGCCACCACAACAACGGUCGCAUCGCAUCCCGGCCCGCUGCUCGGAAUCCCCACUCAACCAAUCCCCCGCCGAAUAUACGGGUUGGAUUAGAGCUCACUUAUCAGGUUGUCGAUGGAUCGAUCGUCACAUUGCUUGUGUCAGGAGCCAAGCGCGGAAAGCACUACGGCUUAGCCGCUAGAUCCAGUGACGAUAACGCCUACAGCCGAAAAGUCGCAGAGGCAUUCGGAUACAGCGAAGCAGAACUCGCAAAUACUCCCAAGGAUGCUAACCUCGGUCUAAGCUGCGGAAAUCCGCUGGCAUUGGCCAACUUGAAAGAGGGCGAAUGUGUGGUUGAUCUGGGAUGUGGUGCAGGUUUCGAUGUCUUUUUAGCAGCCAAAGCUGUCGGUGCUACAGGCAAGGUCAUUGGAGACAUGCUCGAGCGAGCGAACAAAAACAAGGAGAAUGCAAAAGUGGAAAAUGUUUCCUUCGUGGAUUCACAGAUUACAGCUAUCAACCUAUCUAAUUCGGUUGCCAACUGUAUCAUUAGCAACUGUGUGGUGAAUCUUGUCCCGGAAUCAGACAAGCAGCUUGUUUUCAACGAAAUGUUUCGCCUCCUCAAGCCUGGCGGCCGUGUUGCUAUCAGUGACAUUCUGGCAAAGAAGCCGCUUCCAACAAACAUCCGCGAGAGUGUGGCUCUCUAUGUUGGCUGCAUUGCCGGCGCCAGCCAGGUUGAGGACUAUGAUAAGUAUCUUCGCGAGGCCGGAUUUAACGAAAUCCUUAUUAUAGACGCCAACUCCGACCUCAAUGUCUAUACAAGUGCCAAAACGGAUGGCGAGAGCGGCGGAUGUUGUAGCGCACAGAAAAAACCGGACUGUUGUAGCGGAGAAGGCAACCAGACAUCGGACAUCCAAAACGUGGAUUUUAAUGAAUGGGCUGGUUCCUUCAAGAUUUACGCCGUCAAAUCCUGA